AUGGAAUUGAGUGGGGCUAAUGGCUUCUUGAGGCUUUUUGUCAAGUUCCUGGAUUUAAUUUUAUAUCUGAUCAUAGGAAAAAUCAUCCACUCCCAUAUACUUGGGAUCGACAUGAUCAUCAUAAACUCUGAAACCAUCGCCCAGGAGUUGCUGGAAAAGUGUUCUGUGAAUUACUCUACCCGUCCUGUUCUUUGCACCAACGAAUUGUAUGUAUUGUCGGUCUUCAUUCAAUUUGUUCUUCAUCCACUGACGAUACAGAGCUGGACUGGCUUUCAAUUCUGUGAUGCUUCCGUAUUAGUGCUGCCGCGGUUCGGUCCAGAACCAUGGUUCGAACCUGGACUUCCCUGGACCGGACCAGAAGUUCGGUCCAAGGUCCAUUGGAGACCUUGGACUGGACUUCUGGUCAGGUUCACGGUUCGAUCAGUACUGACAAAUUGUGAACGGGUUCAGACUGGUCCGAACCAAUAA